AGCUUAAAACGAUGUCUUUUAACAUGAACUCUAUUGGUAGUGCUGAAGUCGGCGUUGAUAUCGAAAAGAAUGCAAAGGCACAUGAUGAUGUCAACAAAAAAGCAAACAACGUCAAAAUGGAAAAAGUGGAAACGCUGAAGUGCUUUAUGCUCGAUACGACAUUGCAUGGAGCCCGCUUCGUGUUUGCCAAAAGUUUGCCGAGACGUUGCCUUUGGACUCUGAUUCUUAUCGGAUCGUUUGCAUUUUGUCAGUAUCAUACAUACGAGUGUUGGAUGCAGUUUCUCCAGCGGCCAUUCAGCAUAGGGAUUACCUUGAAAAGCCCCAAAGAAAGCACGUUGACUUUCCCAGCAGUUACUCUGUGUAAUGUUAACCCACAGAAUGUUCAAACAGCCUUGCACCUUCAAGAUGUACAAAGCAAGGAGGAUGUGAAGCAAAUAAUUGAUGAUGUUAACAAAUUGUUGCAGUUUUCGAAAGAGUCCAUAAGCGAAGAUAUCCUGAAAAGAUAUCCCGAGUUGUUUGACCGUGACAAAAUCGUUGCCCGGUGGACAUUUAACAGCCAUCGAAUCGGGGAAAUGCUACUUCCAAGUAUCCCUCCAACAUACACCUCCUGUUCAUUCGACGGAGUGCUAUGUGGGGCUGAGAACUUCAGCAGUUUUGCUAGUUCCUCUUUUGGCCAGUGUUACACCUUUAAUUCAGGGCAGAAUGGGAGCCAACUUUUGACAACUAGGAUGCCUGGUAAAAACAAUGGUUUGAAGCUUCGCCUGAAUAUACAACGUAAUGGCUACGUAAAAUAUCCCAAGAAUCCAUAUGCUGGAAUUACCGUUCUUGUACACGACCAAAACAAUUUUCCAGUUAUGGAAGAGUAUGGAUUUUUUGUCGAGCCAGGAACUCACACAUUUAUCGCCGUUAAAAUGAAAAAGGUGAGUAAAAUAUUUGUCCUUAAACAGUGUCUUUACUUGGUUGCUACAUUUUGUUACUGUGGUGUAGUGAUACAAUGA